AUGAGGGCUGGUUCGCCGGCACCUAGUGAAGCCUCAGAUACCUCCUCAUCAUACGGCCCACCACCUCCCCCAGGCCUGAACCGACAACUCUCUGAACAGCAAACCAAACCGCCAUCGUUCAAACUAUCCUCCAAGCAACCCGGCCCCUCCAUCCCCACAACAGCUGACCUCCUUAUUCGCGACGCCGACGAAGCCGCAGAGAGGUCAGCUGCCCUCUCCGCCUCACGCCAGAUGUGGCGUUUGCAGACUAAGGAAGCUGUCACCAGGACUCUGGACAACGACAUCCUCCUCCCCAACCGCGCCGAGCCCGGCUCACGCGAGCGCAAACUAGAAAAGCGCCGUGAGCUAAACGAGAAGCUGAGGGAGUUCCGUGAGCGGUCUCCUGGCGUUGGGGAGGUGGAUGAGAGCGUGUUGAUGGGGGGAAGGGAGAUGGAUGCACAAGAGGAGUGGAGGGAGAUGGUUCGUAGACGGGAGGAGCGAAGGGCUGAGAAGGAAAGGCGGAGAGAAGAAGUUGCCAGGGCAAAAAGGUUGGAGAAAGAGGAGAAGUUGAGGGAAUGGAGGGAGAAGGAGAGGAGGGUGUUGAAUCAGCUGAGAGAGAUCGCGAGGGAGAGGUUUGGCGAUGGGGGGCAAGCCCCUUGA